GGUUGACGUGCAACGUCAGCCAAACGGAGGGGGCGGGGCUUAGCUUUGAAUUGUCGCGGGGCGAAUUCGCUGUCGGGCGGACGGAAGGCGUCUGGUGUGUGGUCUCCACGGCGGAGGGCGAUGGGGACGGUGGAUGUGGGGCCGCAGGGCAGCAGGUGUGGGGAACCGCCGCCGGACGACGAGAGGGACCCCUCGCGAGUGAGGCGCCUCACGGUGCCCCGGCCACCCUCUAUCGAGGACUUCACCAUCGUCAAGCCCAUCAGUCGCGGCGCCUUCGGGAAGGUCUACUUGGGCCGCAAAGCGAGGAAACUCUACGCCGUCAAGGUAGUAAAAAAAGCUGAUCUGAUCAAUAAGAAUAUGGUCCAUCAGGUGCAGGCAGAGAGAGAUGCCCUGGCUCUGAGCAAAAGUCCUUUCAUUGUGCACAUAUACUACUCACUUCAGUCUGCCAACAAUGUCUAUUUGAUAAUGGAGUAUCUUAUUGGCGGUGAUGUUAAAUCUCUCCUCCAUAUAUACGGUUACUUUGAUGAAGAAAUGGCAGUGAAAUAUACUUCUGAAGCUGCACUGGCUCUUGAUUACCUUCAUAGGCAUGGGAUAAUCCACAGGGACCUAAAGCCAGACAACAUGUUGAUAUCUAAUGAAGGUCAUAUUAAGCUGACAGACUUUGGACUAUCCAGAGUUACUCUGAAUAGAGAGAUAAAUAUGAUGGAUAUCCUCACAACACCAUCUAUGCUUAAACCUAAGCAAGACUAUUCACGCACUCCAGGACAAGUGUUGUCUCUUAUCAGCUCCUUGGGCUUUUACACCCCAGUGGUGGGAAAAGUGCAUGCACCUAGUCCAAGCCCUAUAUGUGCAGAUGCACCACAGCUGUCUCAAGGAUUUGUUUCACCCGUUUCUGUGAACUACAAAGAAUAUGCUUCUGCGUCGAAUAAGCUACUGAAAGCCUGCCUUGAUUCUUCAGCUGUCAUUCCCGGAAUGCCUGUGAGGAGUCUGACCCCGACUCUGCUGCAGUCCAGGAAACGGUGUGGCACCUCCAGUGCCAGUAGCCAUUCCCGCACCCAGUUGUCCAGCAUGGAGUCAGAGUGCUGCAGCAGCCCCAGGUGGGAGGACAUACAGGAAGCAGAAGACAUACUCUGCUGUGCCACAGGCAAAGUGAAUGCAUCAGAGAAACCCGAUAACACAAGCUUACUGCUUGCUAAUAGCACUAAAGGCUUAAAGCAAAAGGCACUUGAGUCUGCCAUCUCUCCGAUCAGCAGCAAUGACUCGGAGAGCAGGCAUGAAGGGAGGAUGGAGCGUGUUGACCUUUCUGACACGUCUUUGAGGACUUGCGACUUGAAAGACCUGGUUCGAAAAUGUCUUUCAGAAUAUAAAGAAUGGGAAGGAAAGCUUGGUACAGAAAAACCUACUCUGACUAUGGAGACAGGCUCAUUUUCAAAUUGCCACCUGUCCCCUUCAGGCUUGACUGCUCUCAUCAAAGAAAGGAGAGAGGAGGCAGUGUUGGAGAAGCCAGGUGUCAAAAGAGGCUUUGAAUUGGUUGACACAAGCCCUUCUCAAGAACAUAGCCUUGUCAAAAAAAACAAUGCAGAGUACACACGUGGCUGUAAGAUCACAAAGAUUACCCCACAAAAAGGCACGGGCUUAACAACUGAAAUCUGUUGCUUAAAACUUGCUGGUGAUGGAGGCCUGCAAGAGACCUAUACAAAUGGAGGCCAAGCAAAAGACAACAUUUGCACUGAACAAAACAGGGACAGAGGAUCAGCUGCCCCUUUAAUAGCUAAGAAUCUUAUGCACGAUCUAAAUGCAGAUGGUGAAAAGUAUGAGAAAAAGGAACACAUGAACUCCAGUUUUUUAUGCAUUGAUGAUGAAAAGCCUUUAGCAAGCAUGGAUUCCGAUCUCUCUCUUCCUGAAGUGUCUGCUGCAGGGAGUCACUUAGAAAAACACCUUUCUGAUCUAGAUGGGAGCGUUAAAGAUUUCACCUUUGAGGAACUAAAAACAGAGGAUAUGUUGUCAACGUCACCUUGUUGCCCAGAUACCUCCUUACCAAAAGGUGAGGGGAGCAAACAACCAUAUCACAAACAGGACAAGAGUUUGAGUGGUACAACUGAAGCGCAUGCUGAUGUUCAUCCUUCUCCAUCAGUGGAGAUGCAGAGAACACUGAACCUCUUCAAGAAAAAUGUGGUUGCCUUUUGUAGUUACUACAGUCCAAUCAAUAUGUCUAAUAUUUCUGAGCCAUCAAGAAUUAGCACAAUUUCGAUGGAAGGAAUGGACAUCAGUGCUUGUAGUGGCUCCUAUCCUAUGGCUAUUACACCUGCACAAAAGGGGAGAUCCUAUCGAGUAUAUCAGACCCCUCAGGGAAAUGCUGAUACACCCUAUAGGACCCCAAAAAGUGUCCGGAGAGGAGCUGCCCCAGUAGAGGGAGAACGUAUACUGGGAACCCCGGACUACUUGGCUCCUGAGCUGCUCUUAGCAAAGUCUCAUGGUCCUGCAGUUGACUGGUGGGCACUCGGAGUCUGCUUGUUUGAAUUCUUAACCGGAAUUCCUCCGUUCAAUGACGAAACACCACAACAAGUAUUCCAAAACAUUCUGAAAAGGGAUAUUCCAUGGCCUGAAGGUGAAGAAAAGUUGUCUGCUAAUGCUCAGAAUUCAAUUGAUACUUUAUUAACCAUUGAGAGUACCAAGCGAGCUGGACUCAAGGAGCUGAAACGUCACCCCCUCUUUCAUGGUGUCGACUGGGAUAAUCUGCAGAAUCAGACAAUGCCCUUCAUACCUCAGCCAAAUGAUGAAACAGACACUUCUUAUUUUGAAGCUAGGAAUAAUGCUCAGCAUCUAACAGUGUCCGGAUUCAGCUUGUAGGAUUGGAUGCGUAUUUGUAAAGCUUCCUGACACUAGUUUACUUGGCUUUCUAACCAUUUUGUUUUUUAAUCUGAUUGACAGUACUUUUAACUUGGUGUAUUUUUUUGUUAAAAGCUGUAUUGAAACCCUUGAUGCCAAACAGCUACUGAUCCACAUUUUAUUAUAGCUUUUGCACUUUAUGUAAAUCUUUACAUACUACAUAUAAUGUUGUGGUAUGAUACUUUUACUCAACAAAAUGUGGUUACUGCUGCUAUCAAGUACUUCUAUAGGGAGUAGGGGGCUUUCUUUGUAGUCAAGCUAGGGUAUUAAAUGCAUAGUAUUUAUCUGAUGCAUUUAUAAUUCAAAAGCGUUUCAGGUUACAGAUUGAAUUUUCAAUAUUACAUUUGCUUGAAACUUACUUAGAUCCCUCUGAAGCUGCACCUAUAAGUGUAUUUUCAGUGCAGCUCAAAGAUUCUCCUAUCUCUUUAUAUGCCAGUCCUUCUACAGGGCUAAAGGGUUUAGACAUUUGUCUGUUCUGCUGCUAAACUAUCGGUGUUCUAAAUUGUCUUUAAUCUUACUGCUAAUGUCUCUUUUCCCAGCCCUGCUUAGCUAUGAUAAUGGUGGUCAAAAAACCCUAAGAAAGCUUUUGCUGACCUAUUGAAGAAAACAAGACUAGGUGUGCUACCUUUUUAUAAUUUUAAGUACUGCAAACUAGAGGCUCCAUUUGGUCAUUUUUAUAAGCCAGAUGUUUAAACCAGCUUAAUCAAAAUAAGAAAAAGUAUACAAAAUCAGUGUAUCUAAAAUUUAGUGAAACUGAGAAAUCCUUUUAGGUUUCAUUAAACAUUGAAUUCAGUCUGUAUUGUGUGUAUUAAACAUUUCAAAUAAAAGUGUAGAUACUGGUGAUA